UCCUUCUGAGAGUAAACUUAUUUUUUCCAUGUUACAGGUGGUAUGCAAGAUUACAAUUAUGUGUGGGCCAACUGUUUUGAGAUCACAUUAGAACUGUCUUGUUGCAAGUACCCACCUGCUUCACAGCUUCGACAGGAAUGGGAGAACAAUCGUGAGUCUUUGAUCACAUUGAUUGAAAAGGUUCACAUUGGAGUAAAAGGAUUUGUUAAAGAUUCCAUAACAGGAUCUGGUUUAGAGAAUGCAACCAUCUCAGUGGCUGGUAUUAAUCAUAAUAUCACGACAGGCAGAUUUGGUGAUUUCUACCGAUUACUUGUUCCUGGAACUUAUAACCUUACAGUAGUUUUAACUGGGUAUAUGCCAUUGACUGUUACUAAUAUAGUGGUGAAAGAAGGACCAGCCACAGAGGUGGAUUUGUCUCUUAGGCCAACUGUAACUUCAGUAAUCCCUGACACAACAGAGGCUGUAGCAACUGCUAGCACAGUUGCUAUACCUAAUAUUCUUUCUGGAACAUCAUCCUCCUACCAGCCAAUUCAGCCGAAGGACUUUCACCACCACCAUUUCCCUGAUAUGGAAAUCUUCUUGAGAAGGUUUGCCAAUGAAUAUCCUAACAUUACCCGGCUUUAUUCAUUGGGAAAAUCAGUGGAGUCAAGAGAACUUUAUGUGAUGGAGAUAUCUGAUAAUCCAGGUGUCCAUGAACCAGGUGAACCAGAAUUUAAGUACAUUGGAAAUAUGCAUGGAAAUGAAGUGGUUGGAAGAGAACUGCUGUUGAACCUUAUCGAAUACCUUUGUAAGAACUUUGGAACAGACCCUGAAGUCACAGAUUUGGUUCAUAGCACUAGAAUUCACCUUAUGCCAUCCAUGAAUCCUGAUGGAUAUGAAAAGUCCCAGGAAGGAGAUUCAAUAAGUGUAAUUGGCAGAAACAAUAGCAACAACUUUGACCUGAACCGAAAUUUCCCAGACCAGUUUGUUCAGAUCACAGAUCCUACGCAACCAGAAACUAUUGCUGUAAUGAGCUGGAUGAAGUCCUAUCCAUUUGUACUUUCAGCAAACCUGCAUGGAGGUAUGGCAACUUUAUAUUCUACUAAUUAGUUCUUGUUGAGAGCA